AUGCAACACAAUGUGCUGACUGAUCCCCAGGCUGGGAUCUACUUGUGGUGGAAGUAUGUUGACAAGAACAAGAUCUCUAUCCUGAAGGUGUGUGAUGCCAACCUACAUGACAGGACCGAAGAAUCCACAAUAUGGCAGAAUGAGGUGAUCCCUGUGGUGAUAGCAAUAGUGGAUCGCUGGUGGCCAGAAGGGCAGUGUAGAUUCAAGAUCGAUGACCUUGUUGAGGACUACCAGGAGCAGGUAGAGGAGAGAGUGUGGUUGGAGGCUGAGAGGUUAGCCAAGGCAUCAUCCAUGCACACCCAGGGCCAAGCAGCAAGAGGUGAGAGCCAAGACCAUGCACCAGAAGAUACUGAAGUAAACCCAUCAAGAGGAGCCACAUGCUUGACAGGGGAGGGCUCUGGUAGCAUGAGCAAGGGAAAAGGGAAGCAGAAGGCCACCAGCAAGGAGGACAAGCUGGCUGACAAUGUCAAUGAUGAUGAGGGCAAUGGCAAACCAGGUCCAUCUGCCAAGGGACCUCACACAGCUGGGGACAAUGAGCCCUGCAAGACGUGUGCCCAGGAAGGUGAAAUGCAAGUGCUUACACUCUCAAGGCAUAGGGAGAAAGAUCCAGCCCCUUCACCUCACAAUCCUUCACCAACACCCCAUCCCUUUUUCUGCAGAGCCACUCCAAUGCCUGGACCUUCAUUCAAGCCCUCACCAGUCCCUGUUGACAUUCCUCAAGUGUCACUUCUGAUUGAUGAACUGCAAGUCAAGAUUGAACCAUUUUUUGCGACCAUGACUAGUUUACUGGACAAACCUGGAGAUGUUGAGGUGACAGCCCAGAGUGACACUCCAUCAGCUGCAGAAAUUCCAGAGGUCAAACACCCACAUGAGCGGUUGACAGUGAACAUCAUUGAGCAUCUGCAAGUGCUUGAGGUGAGGGCCAAGGAUGAGGAAUUUGAGCUGGAGCAGGUCUACCAACUGCUGGAGAUGUUGGUAAGGCAGGUAAUACAUCAGAUUGAGACUGCACAUGCUAGACAGGUGGAGCUGUGA